GCGCUGGUGUGUUAGGCCUAUACAGGCCUGCGGGUACCACCGGCACCUUUGGGUGCAGCAGGCUGCGCGCUGUGCAGGAGCAGCACCACCUGACCCACCAGAGGGGAGGAAGCCGUGCGUGCGCUCGGAUCUGUGUCACCUUCACUGAUACCCGUCCUGCACCGUACGGCCAUGACAAUAGAGUCAAGGAGCUCUGAAGUCUAAGCCAUGAGUCAGUUCCGGGCGUUAGCGAGCGUGCUGAGGGGCGGCCGUGUCGGGGGGAGUCAGUGGCUUCGAGGGUGUGGAGGAGGCCCGGCCAGGCUCUGGGUUGAACCUAGGAGAAGCUGCUCUUCCGGGGCUGCGUCUGUUCCCUCAGCGGUGGCCAGCAGCUCCAGCUAUGUGGAGGAGAUGUACUUUGCCUGGCUGGAGGAUCAUAAAAACGUCCACGAGUCUUGGGAUGCAUUCUUCCGUAACAUCCAGGCCUCUGGUCCGUCUGGCGAGGCGGGUGAGAGACGCCCCUCCACUCUGCUCCAGGGCCGAGUGCUGUCCCACUCACCAGACAUGACACAGAAAGUGGUGGAGGACCACCUGGCUGUGCACACUCUCAUUAGAGCCUACCAGAUUCGUGGCCAUCACGUUGCCCAGUUAGACCCUCUAGGAAUCCUGGAGGCUGACCUGGACUCCUUCAUUCCCUCUGACCUGAUCACCACCAUCGAUAAAUUGGGUUUCUAUGGUCUUGAUGAGCCUGACUUGGAUAGGAGCUUUCAGCUGCCCCCCACCACCUUCAUUGGAGGAAAGGAGACCACACUUCCUCUUAGAGAAAUCAUACGCAGACUGGAGACAUCUUACUGCGGUCACAUAGGGGUCGAGUUUAUGUUCAUUAACAAUGUGGACCAGUGCCAGUGGAUUCGUCAGAAAAUUGAGACUCCAGGAAUCAUGCAGUUCACUAAUGCUGAGAAGAGAACUUUACUAGCCCGUCUGAUCAGAUCCACACGGUUUGAGGACUUUCUGGCCAGAAAGUGGUCAUCAGAGAAACGUUUUGGUCUGGAGGGCUGCGAAGUGCUCAUCCCUGCCCUUAAAACCAUCAUUGAUAAGUCGAGCGAAGCAGGCAUCGAAAGUGUGAUCAUGGGGAUGCCUCAUCGAGGUAGGCUGAAUGUCUUGGCCAAUGUGAUCCGUAAGGACCUGGAUCAGAUCUUCUGUCAGUUUGACCCCAAGUUAGAGGCUGCCGAUGAGGGUUCAGGUGAUGUCAAAUACCAUCUUGGGAUGUACCACGAGAGGAUCAACCGUGAGACAGACAAGAACAUCACUUUGUCGCUCAUGGCGAACCCUUCCCACCUCGAGGCAGUGGAUCCAGUGGUUCAAGGCAAGACCAAAGCUGAGCAGUUCUACAGAGGAGACACUCAGGGAAAGAAGGUGAUGUCCAUCUUGAUGCAUGGAGAUGCUGCUUUUGCCGGACAAGGAGUUGUGUACGAGACUUUCCAUCUAAGUGAGCUCCCCUCCUACACCACAUAUGGUACAGUCCAUGUGGUGGUCAACAACCAGAUCGGCUUUACUACAGACCCUCGAGUUGCCCGCUCUUCCCCCUACCCCACUGAUGUGGCUCGGGUUGUCAAUGCACCCAUCUUCCAUGUGAAUGCCGAUGACCCUGAGGCUGUCAUGUACGUGUGUCGGGUGGCUGCAGAGUGGAGAGCUACCUUCAACAAGGAUGUCGUCAUUGACCUGGUUUGUUACAGGCGGUUUGGCCACAAUGAGAUGGACGAGCCGAUGUUCACCCAGCCACUGAUGUACAAACAGAUUCGUCGGCAGGAGCAUGUGCUGAAAAAGUACUCUGACAAGCUCAUUGCUGAGGGUGUGGUGACACUGCAGGAAUUUGAGGAAGAAGUUGCCAAAUAUGACAAGAUAUGUGAGGAAGCGUACACCAGCUCCAAGGAUGAAAAGAUUUUACACAUUCGACACUGGCUUGACUCACCUUGGCCAAAUUUUUUCACAGCAGAGGGAGAGCCUAAGAGCAUGAGCUGCGUUCCCACAGGACUGGAUGAGGAGGUUCUGCAGCAUAUCGGCCGGACAGCCAGCUCAGUGCCUCUGGAAGAUUUUAAGAUCCAUCCCGGUGUGUCUCGUAUCCUGCGUGGUCGAGCUGACCUGGUGAAGAAUCGCCAGAUGGACUGGGCUCUGGGAGAGUACAUGGCCUUUGGUUCCCUUCUCAAAGACGGCAUCCAUGUACGACUCAGCGGGCAGGAUGUAGAGCGGGGCACCUUCAGCCACCGUCAUCAUGUUCUGCAUGACCAAGAAGUGGACAAACGUUUCUGUGUUCCCAUGAACUGCCUGUGGCCUAACCAGGCUCCUUACACUGUCUGUAACAGCUCUUUAUCAGAGUAUGGAGUGCUAGGUUUUGAGCUGGGCUUUGCCAUGGCCAGUCCGAAUGCUCUGAUCCUCUGGGAGGCCCAGUUUGGAGACUUUCACAACACAGCCCAGUGUAUCAUUGACCAAUUCAUCAGCCCAGGCCAGGCCAAGUGGGUCCGCAACAAUGGUAUUGUCCUACUGCUGCCACAUGGGAUGGAGGGAAUGGGCCCAGAACAUUCAUCAGCUCGACCUGAGCGCUUCCUGCAAAUGAGCAAAGAUGAUCCCGAUCACUUCCCUGAGUUCAAUGGAGAUUUUGAAGUCCAGCAGCUGUACGACUGUAACUGGAUUGUGGUCAACUGCUCUACGCCUGCUAACUACUGUCAUGUGCUCAGGCGGCAGAUUCUGCUGCCAUUCAGAAAACCGCUGAUCAUUUUCACUCCAAAGUCUCUGCUCAGACACCCGGAUGCAAGGUCCAGUUUUGAUGACCUCGCCAAAGGAACUAAAUUUAAGAGGCUGAUUCCAGAUGAAGGCCCUGCGAGUCAAGACCCAGCCCAAGUGAAGAGGGUGAUCUUCUGCACUGGCAAAGUCUACUAUGAACUGGCUAAGGGGAGAAAACAGAAAAAACUGGAGGAAGACAUUGCCAUUAUCAGACUUGAACAGAUAUCUCCAUUCCCAUUUGAUCUGGUCAGAGCAGAGGCAAAAAAAUACGCCAACGCUGAGCUGGUUUGGUGUCAGGAGGAGCACAAGAACAUGGGCUACUAUGAUUAUGUCCGGCCUCGUUUCCUCACAGUGUUGGCCAACAAGAAACCCAUUUGGUAUGUGGGCCGGGACCCUGCAGCUGCUCCUGCGACAGGAAACAAGUCCACCCACCUCAAUGAGCUGAAGCGGUUCAUGGACACAGCUUUCAACCUGAACGCCUUCCAGGGGAACGAUCUGUAACUAAUAACUGGAACAAGAACCAGACUGGAGGCGCAGUUUCAUCUCCAAAGGCCCUGAUCUAUUUAUUUUAGUUUUAUGAUAAUACAGAGCACAGCCUAUUUUAUUUUUAUUUUUUUUUUUUACCAAACACACUUGAUAAACUUGUGUGAAAGAUAAGUUGUCAACGAUAAUCUUCCUCAUGAGUGUACUAAAUGUGUGGAAUUGUUUGUCUUCCACGCUGCGGAUACCUCCAUUGCUGACAUGCUAAAUACUAGUGUAUAUUAGUCGUAUUGAUUUGUAUUUGUAUUGAUCUUUGUAGAUAAAUAGCAGAAGCUAUGAGACACACACAAAACACCAAGUGAUGGUACUUAAACAAUUAAUGUGAAUCACCCAUCACAGGUAUGAAGACUGUUCUGAAAUUUAACACAUCAGUAGGUUUAGUGCCUGUAUUUGCUUUGGUUACCUUAGCUGUUAGUGAAGGAGUCUGUAUUCAUUGUCACACCUCACUUCACCGGGAGACAUGAGCCAGCUGGCGCAGAGAUUUGCAGCCAUGUUUUCUACUUGGACAUAAGGCUCAGCUUCCUCUUUGGAGGCUGAGGGAUGCACACACAUAAACACCACACAAACACAGCAAAGCUUCGGAUGCUCUGAGAGCAAUAUUGACGUCUGGCUGUCACAUUAAAAUCCCCAGGUGUUUAACAGAAUUAAUAUUAAUCACCUCUUAGAAAUGCUCCAUAAAAUGAUGCUUCCUGUAUACUGUAACUUACCUUUUCCACUUGGGAGAUUUAACUAUAAGCCAAGCGCAAACAUAAUACAUAAACACAUAUUUAAUGGCUUUUAAGGAAAUUUUAUGUGUUAGUCUUUUUUGUAAUUAAAAUAAAUGUUGUGAGUUUUGAAAUGUACUUGAUUAAGCUGCAGUUUUAUUGGAAAUAAUAAAAUAUGCAAUAAAAUAUGUUUAAAUUUAAUAACAUGCUUUUGAUCAUUUGGUUGUUGAUGUUAAUGCUUGAUAAGGCAAAAAAAAAAAAGUUUAAAAAAGUGAA